AUGGAUCGAAAAAAAGGUUCGCGUGAAACAAGAAGCAGUGAAAACGAACGGAAAUCGCGACCGAAGAAAAGGAAGGGAGUUUUUAACCCGAACCUGGCCGAAUCGGAAAGUGGAAGUUUCAGCACGUCUGCGAAGAAACUGAAAGAUAAUAUCGAUAUGACUGUGAAUGAAAGUCCUAAUAUCGAAUAUCGUAUUUUGAACUUUUGGGUUGUGUUUGCUGCUAUUUCCAGUUUAGUGAAGUGCAAAACGUGUAAUGGAAAUAUUACAUUUGAAACGGCAAAUGCAAGAGGAUUAGGCUUCAAAGUCGUUGUGAAAUGUGACUCAUGCGCAGAUAAUUUGAUACCAUCUUCUCCUUUUGUGGCACAUUCGUAUGAAAUAAAUCGUCGAUUUAUAUUCACUAUGCGAGUUCUCGGUAUAGGAUUGGCUGGAGCACAAAAAUUUUGCGGACUUAUGGACAUGCCAAGGUUUCUUACCGAGACUACAUACUCAUUAAUUUUGAAAAGUAUUUAUGAGUCUGUGAAAACAUGUGCAGAUGUAAUAUUUAAAAAAGCCGUACGAGAAGAAAUUAAAGAUACACCUAAUGCAGCAGAUGAAGCAACUCCUCAAUUGACAGUUUCCGGAUAUGGAUCGUGGAGGAAGCGAGGAUAUACAUCGUUGUUCGGAGUUACAUCGGUCAUAGGCUACUACAGUGGAAAAGUGCUUGAUCUUGUGGUAAAAAGUGUGUAUUGUAAAAUGUGUGAAUCGUGGAAACAUAAAGUAAACGAUGCGGAAUACGAAGAAUGGUACCAAACACACGGAGAUAAUUGCAGUGCAAAUCACGAAGGCUCCUCGGGAAAAAUGGAGGUGGACUCUAUUAUCGAAAUCUUCAAGCGUUCAAUAGAAAAAUAUAAUGUCCUCUACAGUUACUAUAUUGGAGACGGCGAUUCAAAAACGUACACUGGGCUAGUAAAUUCUCAUCCUUACGACGACGUAGAAGUUAUAAAAAAAGAAUGCAUCGGACACGUGCAAAAGCGUAUGGGAUCCCGCCUUCGUAAUAUAGUAAAAAAAAACAAAAAGCUUGGUGGUAAAGGACAGCUGACAGGGAAAUUUAUUGACAAGCUCACUGUGUACUAUGGACUUGCUAUUCGACGCCAUUCUGCUUCUGUUCACGAUAUGCAUGAGGCAAUAUGGGCGACCUUCGAUCAUUAUAGUUCAACCGAUGCAAAUCCACACCAUGAGAGAUGUCCAACCGGUGAAGAAUCGUGGUGUUCGUAUCAACGAGCUCAGGCGAGAAACGAGGCUUUCCAACAUGAUUACAAACCACUUCCAUCAAAUGUAUUGGAUGCCAUCAGACCUGUAUACAACGAUCUGAGUAAGGAAACUUUACUCGAAAGAUGCGUCGGUGGCUUCGAUCAAAAUAACAACGAAAGCUUCAACCAACUUAUUUGGAAAAUCAGCCCGAAAAUCGUCUCGAGUGGAGCAGUCGUUGUGAAUUUAGCAGCUUAUAUAGCCGCUGGACUAUUCAACGAAGGUUCAAAAUCACUAUUAUUUUAUUUGAACUCAAUCGGAGUGAGCUGUGGACGAAACGCGCACGAAUACGCCGAUAAAAUGGACGAAGCACGGAUCGCGCUGGCAGAAAGACGUGCGGCCGAGAGCACUCGUGAAGGAAGAAUGCUACGAAGACAGUAUCAGAUUUCCCUGUUGCAAGCGGCAUCGUCGGCGGAAGAACUUCUGUAUGGACCCGGAAUAGAUGACUCUAUAUGAUCCACUUCACCGCAAUGUUGGUCACCGCAAACCGUGCACACAACAACUUGAUUUAAUUGACGGCCAUUUACC